CUGCGCUGUACCAGAUUGGGAACUCAGAAGGUCGUUCUUCUGCCGGAUAUAUUAGUGUCGGUAUUAUAUAUACAUAACACUACGGAUUUUAAAUGCCUGACACUACGAAACGUGGUUUAUUUGUCGUUUUCGAAGGUGUUGAAAAAUGUGGCAAAAAGACACAAUCAGAACUAUUACAGGAAGCUUUAACUCAAAUUACCGGCAAACAAGCCUUGUUGAUUCAUUUUCCUGACAAAAGUACACCAAUAGGGAAACUACUGGCUGAAUACUCUGAUGAAAAACUCCAACUGGAACCACAUGCAGCUCAUCUUCUUUAUAUAGCUAACAGAUGGGAACGUCAAGAUGAAAUUUCGAAUGCAUUAAAAGCUGGUAUUAGCGUUGUCGUAGAUCGUUACAGUUAUUCUGGUAUUGCUAACACAGCCGCUAAAUUUCAUCCACUCUCUGAAUUUGAUUGGAAAUGGUGCCGUUCUAUGGAGUAUGGGUUACUGCAACCAGAUUUCAUAUUUUGCCUUGCUCCAGAAAAUUUUGCUGAAAUUUCAGUUCGUGACGCAUUUAGUGACAAAAAGUUUGAAACAAUGGAUUUUCAAAAACGAAUUCUUAUUUAUUACGGUCGUUUAUCACGUGAAAUGGAGUCUGAGUUAAGUGAGAAUGAUGACACAAAUGAGCGUGAACCCCGACUCUGGCAUUGGAUACCGGCAACAGGUCAAACUGUGGAUGAAACGCAUUCAUGUAUAAUGUCGAUUAUUGAUUCUAAAUUAUAAGCCAGUUUUUUAAUAAAAUUAUCUAUUCAUUAUAUUUACUUUUGACUAUUAUUUAUUUUGUUGUUAAUGAUGACUGUUAAGAAUAGCCAAUCAAAUUGAAGUAGUAUCAGUAGUUCAUAUUGAAAUCAGGCACAAGGUGCUAAGCAAAGAUGGUUCAUCGGUUAAGUUUGUGAAUAUCCAUCACCUGGAGUGGUUGGGAUGUGUCACGUUUGUCGAAUCGCCAUCUACCUCGAUAUGCAGUGAUAGCUGAAGUAAGUGUGAAUGAAUCAAAAAGCUAGUUGUCAAAUUUUCUGGGGAUCUAGCAUCCCCAGAAAUCGCUUGAUCAACGUCGUAUUUUUGUAAUUUUGGAAACUUGAAUUUCUUGUUUCUCUCCAAAAGCGCUCAUUUCUACCUUCAGAUUGUAUUUCCCACUUGAAAAGACCCUAAAUGUUGUUGAUUCAUCCCCUCUUUUAAUAUGCUAUUUUGUGACGUUUCCUAAGGACAUUUUAUGCUGUAUAUAUACGUUUGAGUUGUGUGCUUGUUCUUGUUUGAGAUUCUCGGUGCUUGUGGAAUAUACCUUUUCAUCAUCUGAGCCGAGUCUUCUUCUGGUUAUCAGGGCUGGGAUGCAUCGGAAUAGUUUAGCUUGUCUUGUCGCUGAUCCUUCGUUCCGUCCACCGAUUUUAGGUGAUCUCGUAAUCCCUUCAAACAUAUUUAAACCAAGACAU